AUGGAUAUCGAGAGCGCGGUAUCCGGAGAGAAGGAGAAGGUAUUGAAUGCCGAUGAUGCACAGCUACUUGCUAUGGGGAAGAAACCGGAAUUGCAGCGGGUCUACAACACUUGGACGCUCUGUGCCUACCAGGUUAUGAUAUCGGCCAGCUGGUCAUGCCUCAUUGUUUUAUAUUCAACCAUCUUUGAUGUCGGUGGACCGGCUGGUUUGAUAUGGGCAACGUGGCUUCCGGGCGUUAAUUUAUUCGGUGCAAUUUGGGUUGUUGGCGGUGGAGUCGCAUGGGCCAUUGUCUUCAUCGUGAUGGCGCCUAAACAUGAUGCAAAGAUCAUUUUCACUGAGUUUCUCAACAAUACGGGCUAUGAAAAUACUGGGUGGGUAUUUAUAAUGUCGUUCUAUAAUUCUAUUUACGGAUUGGUUGGUACAGAUGGAAUGAUGCAUCUCGUAGAAGAGAUGAAAAAUCCAGCCAAAAAUGCGCCUCGGAGCAUGAUCUAUUCUAUGAUUCUUUGUGGAAUUAUGAGUUGGCUAGCAGCUGUUCUAAUGAUUUGGACUGCGGGUGACUGGACCACCUACAUGCCAUCACCGCAGCCGUAUAUGAGCUGGUGGAUUGGUGUCACUGGGUCACUAUAUGGUGGUGGUCUCUUCUGUGCACUUGUAAUGAUCGGCAUCAACUUCUUCGUCAUCGUCGGCACGAACAGUGCCGGGUCAAGAAUUGUGUGGAGCAUGGCCCGCGACAAGGCAUUCCCAUAUUCCGAAUAUCUAGCUCGGGUUAACCCGAGGCUCGGUAUUCCAUUGCGUGCCAUUGGAUUUGUGGUGGUGGUCGAUCUAAUUCUUGGUCUUAUCGUCCUUGGAAGUGACCUCGCUUUUCAAUCCAUCAUUUCCGGCGGUGGCCUGAUGUUGCAGGUUAGCUAUUUAGUGCCUGUACUUAUUGUUCUUGUUCGGGGGAGGAAAAUUUUACCACCACGUCCUCAUUUCGACCUGGGAAAAUGGGGCUAUGUGAUAAACAUUUUCAGUGUGGGACUUUAUUGGAUUUUUGGCGCGCGAUUUCGAUAUAUCAAAGAACAAAACUCGGUUAUGGAAGACAAUGUUGUUGUCAUCGAUGGCGUGGUUUUAGGUGGGCUGGAAGCUAUCAGAAGGGGUGAAGGGGCUCAGGUUGCUCCUACCAAGGAAUGA